AGCCAGGCCGCGCUGUGUGAUCUGCUAGUUGUGGAUCAUGGCGACUUACAGACUAAUUACAGCCAGUAAUUAGAAAGCGUGCUGUUAGCUAUGGAGUGGAGCAAGCUAGGUCUAGGUCAAACUUGCCUCAAAAUCCGUCACGUUGUUAAUUUCUUCAGGUUGAAGUUUGCCGCUUCGAGCCCCCUGGAUCGCUAGGAGGUCAGGUUUGCCGGUAUUCGCACCUCUCUGUCUCGACAGCUCGAGCGUCUCUGGCGACUUGCAAGCAUUCAAAACGGCAGCUAAAAAUAACAGUAAAUGAAAAGUGGAUAUUUUAUUGCGCUAAUUAAUUAUUCAAAAAUUAAUUGGAAUGAGUUGCGCAUGCUUCAAUUAACCAGACUCAACCGGAAGCGGAAUUGUGGGAUAGAAAAUGGCAGCCGUCUAGCAGGUGCCCGAAUCAAGUCACAAAGACAUUGAUACAGCUCACAAGCCACCAAAUCAAGGAGUGUACUUGUCAUCUUACCUGUAUAAAGAGCAGAAGUACCCUCAUCCAGUCAUUUUAGUCAGAACAGGCAAAAUAUCAAUAAACAACCUGGGAAAAUGGCCGACAAAAGCCCAUUUGUGGACCGCACGGAAACAUAUUUGGCUAGUCCAGAGAAGGUAAAGAUCAACAAGAAUAAAACAACCGUAAUUUUGACAGAAAAUACAUCAGAGAAGACAACCUCAACAAAAACGAGGGUCUCUUCCACUUCCUGGCAGAUCACCAAGACAACCGAGAUCACCGAUGAGGUCAAAACAGGUCAGAAGGUUUCAACAAUGAACUUUGACAUUGGCAGUUCUGGUUCUGUGUCUCCAACAUCUUCCCCAGGAAGGAGGUCCUUUGUAUCCUCCACAGAGUUCACCACUGGCGUUGGUAAGACUGAUGGUGCCGUAGGUUUGUCAGAUGAUGGCAGUGAUCCUUCUGAUGAGUAUGUCUUCAUUGAGAAUGAGGACGUUAACUACGUUGACAGAGUGGAGACAACAGAGAUCCAUAACGAACAGGAGUCUAUUGCACCGGAGCCUAAGAAGUCCUAUUUUGCUUAUCUACUGGACCAGGAUACUUCUUCAAAGCCGGCAUCCAAGAAUCGCGAUUCAGCAGCUUCAGAGGGGGAAGAUUUGGUUCAUUUGUCCAGCGCAGAGCUUGAACAGAAGAAGAAGGAUGAUGCCACAUUGUAUGAGAGGAUUACCUACACCCCUGGUCUUGCUAUCAGGAGCUAUGCGGUGGAAGAAAUCAAACAGAAAAGGUCAUCAGAAGGAGCUCCAGAGGGAAUCAUGGAAGAUGCUGAAAACAAUAACAUGCAGCAACAGGAUAGAAGGCAGACAGAGACUGCUGGAAGAGAUGCCAGCACCUUGGGUGAAGAGGCCUCCCUGACUCCCGCUGAGGGGUACAGAAUCUCCCAGAUAAUUGCAAUGCAGGAGACAAGCUUGUGGGAACAGGAACGUCUGAGAAAAGAAAAGGAAGAGUAUGCCAUUAUUGACAGUCUGUCUAUGGAUGAUAUGAUGAAGAUGCUCGGAGAACAUGAUAGAAUGAAGUUUGAAAGUCAAGAGGUUAAUGAGGAGAUCUUUCCUAUUAUUCCUGGUCUUGCAUCUGAUGAUAAGUAUUCUGAAAUGUCUGAACGAACAAGGUCUACUGAAAGAAUUGACACCAAAUACUCCGAGAUGUCUCCAGGUAGUAAAGCAUCAGUACAUCGAGAAUCCCACAAAACCAAACUUUCAGAUGCAUCUGCAAAGGAAAGAACAAUAGUUGCAAAUAACAACCGCUCUGAAAUGCCUAAAGAAGGAGUGAAUCCCACAGAAAGUGGGCAGUCAACUGAAGUGAAGUACUCGGAAGUGUCACAAGCAGUGACAGGUCCCACUGAAAGGAAACAUAUUUCUGAUGCUGUUUAUUCUGAAGUGUCCUCCAAGGUUCAGCAAAUCAGAACUGACAAUCUCUCACUUGAGCAAGUUGCUGCAGAGGCUGAUAUCACAGACUCACCGUCCAUGACAAAGGUUGUGGAUAACCGUCAAAGCGAGACCAAUGCCUCAUCACAUGAUCAGUCAAGCAUGGGUCAUGCACAAGAGCUGAAGACAAAGUUGAAAUCCUUUAGUGAACAAAGCAUCUCAAGGGGCACGACAUCGAUGACAAGUUCAGCAACUGUAGUAGGAAGUGUUUCCAAGAUCACUGCACAAAAACAAACAUCGUGGAGUCCCUCAAGGGAGGAACCAAUCUCACAGCCAACUGAAGUGGAACGGAAGUUUAACAUUACAGCAGAAACUGAAAGCAAAAUAAAGAAACUUGGUGGGAAGUUACUAAAAGAAAGGUCUUUUUCCGACAUAUAUUUUGACAACUGUGAUUAUUGUCUGACCCUGUCUGAUAGUUGGCUGCGGAGGAGGGAGAAUAAGUGGGAGCUGAAACUUGCAUCAGAAGGCAUGUCCAUCAGGGACAGAGUCACUCAGUACAAGGAACUCACAAAUGAGAAGGAAAUUGUUGCAUGUCUUAAAUCUAAAUUCCAAAUUGCCAACAAAUGCUCUAAGGUAAAGGACUUCAUCAAGUCAGCAGAAAUGUCAGAAUUUGCUACAGUAUCAACUACCCAUAAAAGUUACAGAAUAGCCGACUGCACGAUUGACCUUGACCUCUCUGACUAUGGUUUCCAAGUUGGCGAGAUUGAAGUGAUGGCAUCAUCUUCGGCCCAAAUACCUGCUGCCAUCAAGACUAUAGAUGAUAUGGCCCGGAAGCUGGGAUUGGACUUGAACAAGAAAAUCCCCAGAAAAAUGACUGAUUACCUGAAACGGAAAAAUCCACAUUUCAACAAACUGUUAAUUAAUAGAUAUGUCCUCAUGUCAGCUUUGUCAGAUGAUGAAACAGACGAGUCUGGCAUCACCUAAUUCUGUUUAUACUGUCUGCUGAUUCCUGCACAGACAUGGCUGUCCUUGAUCACAGAGAGGGAGAUCAGAGUCUCCGUCCAGGGACAGCAUCCUGGUUGUGAAGACCCAACUAAGUAGAUUUGUCAGAUUAUGACAUAGACAAAUGUGCUCUUGGUAACAUCCCUUAAACUGCAAUGGACUGUAAGUGAGAAACAUACAUGUCUACAGAUAACACACAAGAAAAAUUGUGUUAGCUUUGCUGGUAAACUGUUCCAUUUUAGCAACCAUUACAACCUGAAACAGACUGACCCAAGCCUAUUGGGAAAGCAUUUCAUUUACAAGAUUGUGAAAAGAAGCCCCUGAACAUGAUUGUGAAUUACUAAUACAGCUGUCUUCUUGGCUGAAGCAACUUUGCCUACCUGCAAUAGGGACCUCGGUUUAGUUUUAUAGUGGCCAGUAUGUUGUCCUGUACACUUAGGACUGGCUUCAGCCUCCUGGUGGCCCGUGUACUGCCUGUACUCAAGGGUUCAGCCUCCUGGUGGCCCGUGUACUGCCGGUACUCAAGGGUUCAGCCUCCUGGUGGCCCGUGUACUGCCAGUACUCAAGGGUUCAGCCUCCUGGUGGCCCGUGUACUGCCAGUACUCAAGGGUUCAGCCUCCUGGUGGCCCGUGUACUGCCGGUACUCAAGGGUUCAGCCUCCU